UGCAAUGAAGCCUGAAAAGCCACUGCAAAUGUUUCAAGAUUUCGUGCACCCAAAAAAUUCGUUCGUUGGCGACUGUCCUAGCAAGUGAAAAUGAAGGAACAAAAGCGAGCUGCCAACCUCGAUUCGUUUUUGUUUCUAUUUGUUUUUCGUAACCAACAAAACAAAUCUCGACAAUUCCUCCUCGUCCGGAGCGACGAUCCAGACCUGUUGUGUUCGCGGACAGAAAAAUAUUCAGUUUGCAAAAAAAAAAAACCAUAUACAGUAAGGAAAAUGUCGAAAACUGCACAUUUGGAGGAGGAAGAUUCGUCAUGGGCUCAGACCUUCUUCACUGUCACGCCCCAAGACGAUGGAUUUCUUCGUGAAAUCGAGGAUACCGCGGUCGUCUCGGGGAAAGCUGACGAACCGUUAAACUUAGAUACCUGGAAUAUCGUACUUCGACGAUCCCUUCUGAACACGACGAAAAACUUGAUCGAUCCUAAGGAAUUGGAAAAACCGGAGCGGAUCGCUACCGAAACUCAAACUUAUUUGCAAGGCGUCCCGAGAGUCGAUUUACCUCUCGCUUAUCGAGACGAAGCGACGCAAACGCUCUUCAUGGGAAAAGAUGAAAAGUGCCCCACCGAAAAAGUCUUUGACGACAUAAUCACUGUCAUGAACGAAAAGCCACUGCCCGAAUGGAGGAAAAGUCAGUACGUCCAAACGACGAUUACGUUCGCGAAUGAAACGUCGUUGGCCGAUGUGAUAAGCGAUUUGGAGAAGCUCGGAUCCGAGGAGGAUCCGGAGGAAUCUGAGCCGAUUCCAUCGGCUGCAAUCGAGUCCUUGGACGCGUUGAAUUUCGUGGUCGACCGUGCUGUUUGGAUGUCCGAAGCAGUGCCAAUUCCGAAGGCCGAAACGAAGGAGGCAGAGGUCGAGACGAUGAUAAAGUUUAAUCACGCGCUGCAAAGAUUGACGACUGAUCAAGAAGUGCAAACGGAAUUGAGUUGCGACCCGAAAUUAACCAAUUUGAUGUUAGUUCCUGAUAUCCGAGUUGACGUUAGCGAGCUUCAAAGUAUUUAUAGAAAAACCGUUGCGUCAGAUUUGACAAAAAAUGACAGGGCGAUCGAGGCGAUUGAUUUUCGUCAAAAAUCCAUCGAAUCAGACGAAACGGACACUGAUAUCGCCGCAAAAGAUUCGGGUCGAGAAAUUUUCCAGUCAAAUUUAAAAAAAGACAAUACUAAUAUCAGGAGGAAAGAUUUCGGUGGAGAAAGCUCCGAGAAAAUUGUGGUAGUUGGGACGAAAAUGGGCGAACAAAUGGCCGAGUCAAGUUCGCAAACGGAUUUGAUAGAAAGAAGUUCAUGGAGAGUUCCCGUUUCCAGCGGGUUAUCAGAUCCCCGCCGUAAUCACAGGUCCUUCACACAUGAAAACGAAAGAACGAAGAGCAUUUUAUUAGCGGAUGCUAAUUCCUACGUUUCGAGAAACCCUAACGAAGCGGCACGAGAUCCGAAUUUAAGGCCUGCAUGUUCAUCCCGCGAAUCUAUCCGCUCAAGAAGAAGCAUAAGAAGCAGUAGUGAAAACGAAGCAAUAGAUUCAUCCCUGUUAAGCCCGAGAACGAGUCGGCAAAUCCCUGUGAAAUGUGAACAAAAUUUACCAGCUCAUGACGAGCGAGCUUUGAGACUGUUGAGAGACACUUUUUGCACGAGGAAUGGCCCGGAAGAUCGAUUGCCGAAACGAGAUGUUUGCAGAUGCAUAAAAAUUCGAGAAUUAUCGCCUCCGAGUGAAAUCUUAUGAAAACAAAGUAUUGAAUUUUUUGCUCAUUUCUUCUUCCUCGUUGUUGACGAGAAAAAAAAUAUUUUCACCGUUUCCAUUUUACAGUUACGUUUUCUUAACAUAUAUCACGUAUUUCUUUAUAAUUCAAUAAAUGUGCAUGGAAUAUAAUAACAAAAGAUUGCCACGUGGUCACUCAAAUCUUACUACAGAAGUCGUGGUAAAAAAAUUGUAAUUUGCGCAAAACUAUUGCAAAAUCUACUCAACUUGAAUUGUUUACAAAAGAUGAAAUGACUUGAGAGAAUGUUCAUCAGCGGAAUAUUCUUUUUAUUGUCAGAAUAACUCUCGAGUCGAUGUACGCACAGAUACAUUUGUUUCCACAAUUCAUAUUCGUCGUCACAAUAAAAAGUUGUACGUAGUGCGAUAA